UUUCUCUGAUGGAGAGAGAAAGGGAAAGGGGGAGAGAAAGAGAGAGCGAAAGAGAGGAGGGUGUGUGGCGAGCGCAUGCGGACUGGAGGCCCACGGGGGAAGUCUACUCAUAGGCGUGCCAGCCGCCUAGCUGUAAACACUUUCAGCACAAGAAGAAGAGCAAGAAGGAGUGGAAAGGAGAGGGAGACAGAUGCAUCUCCCUUUUAUCAUGACUAUGCUGCCUACACUUCAUUAGCUCUCUCUCAACACGUUUUGAUUGCACUCGGCGGAGGAGGGGGGGAAGAAGCAGAGGGGCUCAGAAUCCACAGUUGGGGCGUUCCUGCCUCUCUCUCUCUCUCUCUGCCCCGGCCCACACAGCGCUGCACUGCACCUCAGCGUCUCAGAGCUCUCCUUGCAAGAAGAAGGCAUGCAGCAGAGGAGGGGGGCCUCUCACAAAGGGACUCUCUGACCCCCUCGGCUGAUUAACGAGAAUCAGGUUCUCUGAGGCAGGAAGGCGGAGGAGUGGAAGGUGGAGGAGGAGGAGCAGCAGCAGCAGGAGCGGCGGCGGCGGAGGGAGCUCCGGAGGCCGCUCCUGAGAGGCCACUCUGGGGCUGGCGCCGCACCGAGAGGGAGAGGGAGGCCGAGAAGGGCAGAGGCCAUGGCUACCGGAGACAUCACCACCCUGCCGGCCACCCCCGACGACGGGGGCAGCGGCGGCUUCCCGCCGGGGAACUUUAAGGAGCCCAAGAGGCUCUACUGCAAGAAUGGGGGCUACUUCUUACGGAUCAACUCCAACGGCAUGGUGGAUGGAAUCCGAGAGAAGAACGACCCCCACAUCAAACUUCAGCUGCAGGCCACCUCGGUGGGGGAGGUCGUGAUCAAAGGCCUUUGUGCAAACCGCUACCUGGCUAUGAACGGAGACGGAAGGCUGUUUGGAUCGAGACGACCGACAGAAGAGAGCUACUUCUUCGAGCGUCUGGAGGCCAACAACUACAACACCUACAGGUCCAGGAAGUACCCGGACUGGUAUGUGGCACUGAAACGGACUGGCCAGUUCAAGCUGGGCACCAAGACCGGACCCGGGCAGAAGGCCAUUCUCUUCCUGCCAAUGUCAAGCAAAACCUGAUCAGGAACAGACAUUGGAGCUGCUCCUUAAUGUCUCAAAAGGUUUUUUUUUUUGAGAGAGAGAGAGAGAGAGAGAGAGAGAGAGAGAGAUAGAGAUGUGACAAAGACUUGAAGAUACGGUCGGUGUGACCACCAGCAUAAUGGUCCUGCAGCUUAACCAAUGGGAAUGUCACUACAAUAACAAAAUGUGAGUCUAACUGAAGCUGCUUGAUUACUCUAGACGGUGUAUAUUGAUAUAGUCUUAAUGGUUCUUUAUUAUUUUCUUAACAUGAAUGCUUUUAACAAUAUAUAGUUGUCAAGGAUGAGAGUCAGAAAGAAACAAAGAACUACAUACACUACGUAAAAAUCCUUUCAACUCAUGUUGGUAGUUUGACAGAGUCCAACUUUAUUCAACACUGGUUAAAUACUUCACAAUUCAGUCCUACAGUACAGUUCUAAUUUCAGCAUUGUAAAUCGCUGUCUGCUGUCCAGCGGAGACACAUCUCGGCAUCUUAAUAACAUCAUAAAUAACACCCCCAGUAUUGCUGUCAAGAUCCAGCCCAUCAAGUAGCCUCGGCCUAACCUUUGAUGCAUGUGCAGAAUUCCCACAGGAGAGAAGGUAUGUGGCCCAGUCAGCGAGUAAUAUCCUGUCCAGUGAUUAUCACCACAGUAACACCCAUCCCUUUUUAUAGUAACAGUUCAUAAGCGUCUGUGCCCACACCACAGCAUGGUGAGAAAAUCCGGUCAGCGGUCAGCGCUUCUAAAGUGCAGCCGGUGUGUGAUGUGGUGUGGUGUGGUUGUGCCCUGUGGGCCAGUAGCCAUCAGGCUUGCUUAAGGAGCUCUGGUAGCUGCCGGUGGUACAGCUGGUAGAACAUUCCAGAAUAGACGGCAGGCAGCUCAUUCACGGUGAGGUCGAUGUGAUGAAAGCCGUGCCGGAGGCCGUGGAGGAGGAGCUGUGCGACGCGGCUGGUGAUCGGGGUGGUGGCAUUGGUCUUGGCUAGUUCGGCCAGGUCGAGCCACUCACAGCGCAGGCACUCCUGGGUGCAGAACUCGAUGUCGUAGGUCAGAGGGCUCAGGCGGCAGAUGAUGUACAUGUCGGACAUGCCAAAGGCGCCCGGGUGGUUGUGCUGCUGCCGGAUGCUCAGGAGGGAGCGGAAUUCGGCGCGCACACCCGUCUCCUCGAAAACCUCGCGGACAGCCGUAACACCUUACAAAACAGGGAAAUAUAGAUGGGGUUGUUCUACUCAGCAAGAAAGGCUAACAUUUUGUAGCAUUUGUUAGCACUACUAGUGGAACUAGAUUCAUGGUCAAGGCUAUCGCAUGUCUCUCUGGCCUUUAACUCAGAAAAACACAUCAAGCUAUUCCCUAUUUGACGACUGCAGUUAAAGGUAGCAUCAGCAAAUUAGCCCAGACGCUGGCCAUUUUGAAACUCAACCGCUGAAAGGAAUACACCCCUUAUCUUCAUCACUUUCAUUGAGUCCAUCCCACUGCAUGGCCACUACCCAUAGACAGUAGGAACUGCUUUGAUUAAGACACAUGAUUGACAGGGAGAUCGUUGUCCUGAUUUGUUGGAUCUGAGGAGGUUAUUGUGUGUGUUUCACCCUUUCAAUGGUAAUGGGUUUUUACUGCAUACAUGUGAGGAGAAUGUCAUCAGAUAUUCCAAACAACUGUUCUGAAUUACCAUGGCUGACUCCACCUUUCCAAAAAAGACACUGUUGUCACGUCUAUUCUCCUGGAUGUGAAAAUGGAUGUUUACACCAGAGGUACUUAAACAGUGAUUCAUUCACUUCCUUCCUUUCUUCUUUAUUUAGGGAUUAUUUGAGUUGAAUGUUUUCUAUGGGCUACAGAAGUACUGUAAUUAAUAUUUAGUGAUAUUUUUUACUACAAGAGAAAUGUAAUGGCUUUGCUUAUCAGUAUUACUAAAUGCUGCUUUCAUGACAUAUUUCAAUAGUUAUAUCUUGAAGCUGCUCUGAAAUGAUUGUAAAUAUUAACAGAAAGAGACCGUCAACUCAUUAAUACCAGUUGUAAAAUUUUAACAUUUCAAUACUUGAAUGUAUAUUUUAAGAGUAUUGUUUGUUCAAAUUAAAUGACAUGAAAUGUCUAAAUAACACUUUUUAUGUGAAGUGAUUACACCAAAAUCUUACAACUGAAUUGACUUCCAAUAUACCGGAUACAGCAGUCCACUAAUCUUUCAGGCCAACAGCCAUGAUGAUAGAAAAGAAAGAUUGAUAAUACAUAAACUGUUUACACCAAACCGUCAAAUUAGUUCUAAUAGCAUAACAGCUAAAUGUGGAAAGAAUAGAACAUUUCCAUACAACCCACUGAUAACAAAGUUCUUUGAGGAACCUAUUGGCUUCUAGCUUUAUCACAUUAUUAACCUCAGACCAACACAGGGUCUGCUGAACCUUAAGCCCUUUACAUGCCCCGUAAGCAAUCCCACAGUGAUUCUACAUUUCAACACUGUAUAGAGAGAGAAGAGCCAUUAUGUUGACUUUAGAACCUGGUUCGAAGUCAAGAAGUCAAAAAGAGGAAUGCAGUGCUGUUCUGUUAGAAUCCAUUUCUAAGACUUUGCCAUGUGUGACUGCUGAGGAGAUGAUGAUGAUGAUGAUGAUGUCCAGUAAGAGAAAGAAAGGUACUCACCGAUGUUUUCCCCUGGAUCGGAAAGACCCCCCGGAAACUUCCAGGCAUUUAUAGUCUGAAACACAUUACAUCAGAAUUUCAGAGAAAUACUUCAUAGCCCACGGCAACAACGCAUAUCUCUGAAAACACAAACCCUACGCCUCGCAUCAAGUUAUUUAUAGCUUGCCUUCUUCCUUUAUCACAGUGAUAACACUUCUAAUAAUUGUAUUAGGUUUCCUUGUUGUUAUGCUGUAAAGCCCAUUCCAUGAACAUAAGGAUCUACUGAGUUCCAUAUUAUGAUUAAUAUUUCUAUACUGAUAUUUAUAAACAGAAAAAAAUGCUGCUAGUUCUUAAUUAUAACAUAGAUUUUUACCUUUUUUUUAUUUUGGAAUUAACAACGGUAUUUGAAAGUUACAUUGAUAGGUUUCUCCUUUGGAAGACUUUUGAAAUAUUUAAAAAGCUUUAUUUUAUUAAAUGCAAUGCCAUUUAUGCAAUUUUCAAAACUACAAAGAACUAUCCUUGUAACGUGUUUCAACUUUGUCAACAUUAAAAGAAUGCUAUUUUUCUGAACAUAUUUUAUAUAUACAAUAAAGACUGACAUAUA